AGUAUAAUCUUGCAAUCCAGAAAUGGCUGCCCAUAAGAUUGCUCAUGCUACUUUGAAAGGACCAAGUGUGGUGAAGGAGAUCUGCAUUGGAAUCACACUUGGCUUGCUCGCAGGUGGGAUGUGGAAAAUGCAUCACUGGAAUGAACAGAGGAAAGUAAGAGCAUUUUAUGACAUGCUAGAUAAAGGCGAGAUCAGUGUUGUUGCAGAGGAGUAACAAGAUUACCCCCCAUUUCCGAGUGUUUGGUUUAUGGCACCCUUGUUUUUUUUUUUUUGCCAAAAGAAACCUCCAGAGAGAUAUCAUUCAUUAGAUGUAGCAAAAGGGUACAUAGAGUGUCUGUUAUACUGUUAUACAUACAGACUAUUUUGUUAUAUUUACAGGCAGAAUAAGCUAGAUCAUGGACAGCCUCAUUACACGA